AAAGGCGGCAUCGAUCUUCCACGGUACGGUCAGCAGUCAGCAGCUUGCGUUGUUAUCAGCAACAGCGGCAGCAGCUCUGCCGUACGGUGUAGCCUUACCCCAUCAUCGCCAGCAGCCAGCCGAGGACGACUGCGACGACACACAAACCACCCGUGGGCGGCAGAGUAGUCACGAGUCACGAGGACUCUCGCAAAAGGAGGCACAUACACAAACAGACAGGCACACACACACCGACGCAGUGAAGCUCUGUGGAGUCGGAAUCCGCUGUGUAGGUGUUGUGGUAGUGUCACAGAUUCGACCUCAGAUAAAGGAGUGUCCCGGUGGUUUCGUGGUGCGUGACGGUUCGUGAACAAACGGUGGGCGUGCGUGUGGCUGUGUGCACGCACGCAAGUUGCUGCGUGCUCUCAAUGGUGUGAUACCCACCUGUCCAUCAUGUCGUCCAGCUAACUGUGCAAAAUCACACAGGCUUCGGUGCCUUUCUCCCCCAACCCCCUUGCUUCCCUUACUGACAGCAGCAGCGGCAGGAAGGCGUUUCCUCCUCGUGGUGUGUUUGGCUUUUUCGGCUAGUCUGCCAGCGCAACCCAUCCUUCCUGCACAACCGUACCACUGUUGUCUGUCUCUCUCUCUCUAUCUCUCUCCAACACACACACUUACACACACCUAUACAGCCAAGGAGGUGUAUGCUUCGUAAUACCUGGUACGAAGAUUCGGUGAUGUAGUAACCUUACUGCUCAGUAAAAUAAGCAAUUUAUAGUCAUCGGUCGCCGUCAACAGUAGUCUUCAGACAUCACACCAACAGAAGUAGAGGUAGUCGCUCGUGAAGAAAUAGGAUUUCAUUCACGUGUGCGAGAAGAAAGUGCAAAAGUAGUUACACAGUGUGGAACGGAGUUUUCUUGGAAGUACACACACGCACACACAUAUAUACGGAUCCGGUGGGUGUGACAGGGUUGGAGCCCGAAGCUGGGCUGGGUUCAACAACGGAACCGCGUGCGUGAGGCGUUGGCCCUCGUGACGCGGCAUACAUCGGAACAAACGGGUAAUAGAAGCGGAUAAGCAAAGAUGCGUCCGAGUGUGCUGAUCCUGUCAGUGCUGUUGGCACUGCAACAGUACUUCGGAUCGGGAUCUUGUUCAGAAGAUGAGGAACGGCUGGUGCGGGACCUGUUCCGUGGAUACAACAAGCUCAUUCGUCCGGUUCAGAACAUGACACAGAAGGUGGAUGUACGGUUUGGACUCGCUUUCGUACAGUUGAUCAACGUGAACGAGAAGAAUCAAAUCAUGAAAUCCAACGUGUGGUUACGGUUGGUGUGGAGCGACUACCAGCUACAGUGGGACGAAGCGGAUUACGGUGGUAUCGGUGUACUGCGGUUACCUCCAGAUAAAGUGUGGAAGCCGGAUAUCGUGCUGUUCAAUAAUGCUGACGGUAAUUACGAGGUGCGCUACAAAUCAAACGUACUGAUCUACCCGAACGGUGAGGUCCUGUGGGUACCGCCCGCCAUCUAUCAAAGCUCGUGCACGAUCGACGUCACGUACUUCCCGUUCGAUCAGCAAACCUGCAUCAUGAAGUUCGGCUCAUGGACGUUCAACGGCGAUCAAGUAUCGCUCGCCCUGUACAACAACAAAAACUUCGUCGAUCUGUCUGACUACUGGAAGUCGGGAACGUGGGACAUCAUCGAAGUGCCCGCCUACCUCAACGUGUACGAGGGCAACCCAACCGAAACGGACAUCACGUUCUACAUCAUCAUCCGGCGCAAGACUCUCUUCUACACGGUCAACUUGAUCCUUCCGACGGUGCUGAUUUCGUUCCUCUGCGUCCUGGUCUUCUACCUACCGGCUGAAGCCGGCGAGAAGGUAACGCUCGGCAUCAGUAUUCUCCUGUCACUGGUUGUGUUCUUGUUGCUGGUGUCGAAGAUUUUACCGCCCACCUCGCUGGUGCUGCCACUGAUUGCCAAGUAUCUGCUGUUCACCUUCAUCAUGAACACCGUCUCCAUUCUCGUGACCGUGAUCAUCAUCAACUGGAACUUCCGAGGACCCCGUACACACCGAAUGCCAAUGUGGAUACGGUCCGUAUUUCUGCACUAUCUACCGGCGAUGCUGCUGAUGAAACGUCCGCGCAAAACGCGCCUCCGCUGGAUGAUGGAGAUGCCGGGUAUGAGUGUGCCGCCCCAACCGCACACCCAUCCAUCGUAUGGUUCGCCGGCCGAGAUACCGAAACACAUCAGUGCGCUUGGUGCGAAGCAAUCGAAGAUGGAGGUGAUGGAGCUGUCUGAUCUGCAUCAUCCGAACUGCAAGAUGAACCGGAAGUUGAACAGUGGUGAUCUCGGUAUCGGGGCGGACAGCUGCCGCCGGGAGAGCGAAAGCUCCGACUCGAUACUGCUGUCACCGGAGGCGAGCAAGGCAACGGAAGCGGUCGAAUUUAUUGCCGAACAUCUGCGCAACGAAGAUCUUUACAUUCAGACACGAGAAGAUUGGAAGUACGUCGCGAUGGUGAUCGAUCGGUUGCAGCUGUACAUCUUCUUCAUCGUCACCACUGCCGGUACGGUUGGCAUACUGAUGGAUGCGCCGCACAUCUUCGAGUACGUCGACCAGGAUCGUAUCAUCGAGAUCUACCGUGGCAAAUAAAGCCCCACAGCAAGCAAACGGGGACGCCCAACAUGUCCCGAGCUAAUUGAGAAACCACUCCACAAAAAAUAUAUACAACUCCUGAGCAUACGGGUACAAGAGAUCAUACGCCACAACAACAAAAGCCUGUCGAAAACCGGAUGUAGUGUCCUGAGAAGGUGAAACCGUAAGUAUGGUUCUUGUGUAGCCCGUUAUCCUUCUGCGGAGGAUGAGUUCCCAAGACAGGUUCCCUGCAACGUACCCGAUUAGCAAACCCCACGCCACAAAACCAAACUCUACUCUACCAAACUUCUGGAGCAAAAGCCACUUCCGCCACUACGACGUGGAGGACACAAAACAAACCAAGUUGCCCAGUUGCACUUAACUUACAAAACAGUGAGAAUAUUAUUCAAGCAAUGAACAAAACUAGAAAUAUACACACACACAGGACACACACUACUUGUUUUGCAAUAAAACCGCCACUAGCGUGAUGAUCACUGCCAUCACCGACUAGACGGUUUCGCUGCCUCUGCCUAAACCGUUGCUUAACGUCAAAUUGAAGAGCAAUCCUUGAAGAGGUUUGAACUACGCACCACUCCAAGUAAACAGAAAACAUCAAACAAUUCGUUUCCGGUAUACAAGCGAAGCAAACAAAACAAUCCCGACAGCAACAGCAAUAGAAGCAAAACAAAAAAUGCGGUAAUGCGGGUAUUUGCAACAGGACACACUCACACUAACUCAUACACAGACACAUACACACACGCUAGCUGCUCUUUAACCUCAUCGUAACGCGUAACGGGCACCUGCUUGGGUAAGAAGGAAGUUAACUUAUAGGGGAGUUGGGGCGCGCAAGACUCUCCUAAACACGCCAACAUACACACAUACACAGUAAAACAGUAAUACGUAGAAGGAUAAAGGAUGGAUGAAAUCUCAUACAUGCCGGGAAAUGUAGAAGAACGAGGUGAAAGGGUAAACGGGUGUUGGGGGGUAGUGAGAGGAAGUGAAGGAAGUGAAGGAAGCAAAAUUUGCCAAAAACAAGAAAAACAAAAAGGUCGUUGACUGUUAAUUUUUUUAUAUCGAAUAAUCUUUAAGUAGCUCAAUAUUAACUAUUCGUUGACAUGUCAAAGGACCCAGCCAAGGUUUGGGCGAGUACAGUGAGGUGAUGUAUAGCAAAAAUACAGCAACAGAUAUCACUAAUGAAGAAAAUGGAAUGAGUCACGAGAAGUGAAGAGGGAGCGGGAGGAUGAGUAGGAGAAUCUGAAGAAGAGACGAGGCGCAAGAGUAAAGGAAGUAAGGACAUUGUCAGGGAGAUCUCGUUAACUCAAAAGGCAAUAUAUGUAGAAUGUUUUUGUUUGUCUUGCGCAAAGUACUCUAAAGGAUGGUCGAGCAUUAGACGGAUGAGCGAGUAAAGAAAAAAAAACUAGUCAACUGCAAUUUCUACAAACAAAACAAAACGAAAACGAAACGAAUUGUCGUCACAUUUAAAACAAAUCAUUUGGAUAAUAAUAACACACGCGAGGAGAAGCAAACAGAACAUAAACAAAAAAAAAGCAGAAGCAAACAAACAAGCUCAACAAGACUAUUUAGGCUAUGCGUGUGUGUGAUUGUUGUUUCACUUAAGGCACGACAACUGUGCGUGUGUUUUUGGUAUCACAUAACGAAAAUAAGCUCGAGCUUAGUUUGCGGCAGUUAAUGCAGUUUGUUGCUCAGAUCAGUAAACAGGUGUCUCCAUGUUUGUAACAAUGUGCGAUUCUUGAUAUAGCCCUUUAGGGUCCUUUAGGGAAAUAACUGACAUCUCAGAACAUUCCGGAAUUAGGACAGCCGGUUAAUUCCUUCUUUUUUGGCAUUCAAACUCAAGCGGUCUUGGCCUACCAUCGCGGGUCUCCUUGACGUUGAAUAUAUGAAUGAUUGAAUAUAUGAAUGAAUAUAUGAAUGAAUAUA